AUGAAUAUACAUGAUGAUCCACCUAAUGUGGAAAAUCAGUCAGUAGAUCCAAAAGAUCCCGAACGCGAAUGUUGUGAAGAAAUGCAGGGAGAACAGGAAUUGAGAUCACAAUCCAACCAUUCCUUCUCCGAUGGAACUAAUUUAUGCAUAAAUCAAACUUUCAAUAACAAGAAUGAGUUACAAUUGUUAUUAGCCAAAGCGGUGGGGAAGAAGUGUUUUGAUUUUGCUACUUUGAGGAGUUGUACUAAAUAUUUAAAGGUGAAAUGUGUAUUUCAGAAUUGUGCAUGGAUGUUGCGGGCGAGGAAAUAUGAGUGUUCGAAUAGAUUUCGUAUCUACAAAUACAUUGGUGAGCAUAGUUGCGGCGUUGAGCAUGCCAAUAGUAGCCAUAGAAAAAUCUCAAUCAAAGUUAUUGUUUCACUCAGUGUAAAUAUGUAUCGUGAUGGUAAGGGUCCAAAUGUUAAAGAGAUUGAAAGGGCUAUGUUUAAUUCUUUUCGUUGUAGUCCAAGUUAUUGGAAAUGUUGGAAGGGAGGUGUGGUUGUCAAGGAAAUGGUCCGAGGGACAACGGAGAACAGAUAUUCAUGCUUACCAGCUUUUUCCUACAUGUUCGAGACACUUAAUGUUGGUUCUAGUUAUUCUAUCAUGGUAAACAAGGAUAAUCAUAGGUUUAUGUAUUAUUUUUUGGCCUUCGGUGCUUGCAUUAAGGGAUUUGCCCACAUGAGAAAGACAUUCUUCUUUGAGAAAUUGAAGGAGAUUGUGGUCGAUGAAUCGAAUUUGUGUUUUAUCUCCGACAGACAUAAGAGCAUCGCCAACGCCAUUGUGAAUGUUUACAAUCAUGCUCACCAUAGAUAUUGUAUGAGUCACCUCGGUGAAAACCUCUGUGUAAAUCAUCAUUGUGAAGAUUACUUUUAUCUUUAUUACAAUGCGGCAAAGGCUUAUUCUUUGGAAGAGUUUGACAAUCAUUUUGUCGAAUUCAAGAACAAAUGUCCCGCGGCAGCUGUCGUCCUUAAGUAUGAUAUAGGUUUUGAGAAGUGGAGUAGGGCAUAUUUUCCUGGCAGUAGAUAUGAUGUGAUGACCACAAAUUUCGCCGAGUCACUCAAUGUUAUGUUGAUAGACGAAAGGGAGAGGCCUCCAUAUAUCCUUAAAUCAAUGGGUAAUCAAAUGGUGCCUUCUGCAAAAAAAAUCGCAAGAAGGAAAAUGAUCGAGGGCCACUCCUUAUAUAUGGAGAACGUAACUGGGGAUGGCAAUCAAUUUACCGUGUUCGGUGCAGGUGUUACUGCCUAUGUGGACCAACUGGAAAAGUCAUGUUCUUUUAGAAAAUAUGACUUCAUCAAGAUACCUUGUGCUCACGCGAUGGCUGCUUUGCGAUCAAAGCAUGGCAACGACCACACUGGAGCUAGAGUCGGAGCUUCGAGCUCGCUAGUUCGCGUGAAAGCUGUAAAAACAACCAACAAAAUCAUGAAAGGGAAAGGGAAAGGGACUGGCAGCGAGCCUUUAUUUUUUCUCCAGCUCAUUGGAUCUUUGAGCUUCAAACUCGUUGGAGUUCGAUGGGGUUUGGAGGGUCGUUUGGUUGCUGUUUUGUGGGGUUUUGAUUCGGAAAUGGAGCAGUUGUUGGUGGUCUUUGUGGGGUUUCUAGUCGGAAAAAGUGAACAGAGAAAAGAGAGGCUGUGUGGUUUGGGAGGAACUGACAGUGAAGAGGAGAACAAAGAAAUGGAAUUUUUGGUGGUGGACUCGCCGGAUCCCGGCGGAACUCCGGCGACUUGCCAGAAAAUAAUGAACAAUUAA